AUGUCAUUGAAUACUGAGUUUUUGAAUAAUAGAGCUAAGUAGCAACUAAAAAUCGAGGAGGAACUACAGAGUUAGUUUCCUACUCACCACAAUAGCUCCAUGGAUCAAAAUUCCCUUAAUUAGUAAACUAAAAACUACUUCUCAAUCAAAAAGACUCUUGAGUAAUUAAGCAAUAGUGGCUUUUCCGGUUAAAAUUCCCCAUUUAAAAAUCACUCUUCUUCUAUUAAUUACGACAAGGAGACUGUCAAAUUAAUAGACUAAAAGCUAGCACAAAUGAAAGUGCCGAUCAAUAACCUAAGGAAGAUAAACGAUACAAUAAUCUAAAUUCCAGCUUAAAACCCUUACUAAAAUAAUCAUUUCACUAGAAAUAUGCCAAAGAAAACACUAAAUCUUCCCUUGAUUGCAACUAAUACUCCAAAUCAAUCUAGAAUUAAUUUCAAAUAUCCAAAUGACUUAAUAGAUCCUUUACUAUUAAAGUCCUAGAGGACUAAUCUUUCUGUGAUAUCUACAGAUACUAAUAUGAGGGCAAAGCAUAAGAUAUUCUAUCUUGAAGGUCAGGUAAUAUCAAUCUUAAAUGUCUCAAAAUAGACUGAAAAAGAAUAAAAGAGUUUUAAGAAUGUCUAUAGAAACUUAAACUCAAAACUCAAGAAUAUAAAUAGAACAAGUGUUGUUUCAAAAGAUAGUGACUGUAGUCAAACAUUGCAAGCCACUAUUGAGGAGUAAUUAGACACUAUAAUUCCAAGUAAAAAACAAGAUAAAAAGGCAAUAAUGAUUUCAAACUAGCAAACAUUGACUAAAUAUGCUUCAAAGAAAAAAAUCUAUCAGAAAAAAAGAAAGAAUAAAAGUGAAUCUCAUCCACUCAAGAUAGAUUUGGAAUAAAUGGAGAAACAGGUCAGAGCUGCAGUUGGAGGAGCAACUAUUGCAUCAAUUUAUAAUGAAAAGCAAAAUGAUGAUGAAGUGGAGUACAUGGAAAAAGAAAAGCCUUAGUAAGUAACUAAUUAUGGGAACUUUUUCCCUUCAAUAGGAAAAACUACCUUAUUUAAAAAUAAGGGGGAAAAUUUUUAUCGAAAGUUUCUUUGA